CACCAAAUUACAUUUCUGCGUGCUCGCUCAAACAUCACGUGCUUUAUCACCGUCUCAGGAAAUAUCAAAGCGAUAUUUAUUGAGUGAACCAACCCAACGUCGGAUUACACCACAAUACUUCAUGCUUUAUGAUCAGAAGUAACUCGCUUUUAUUUUUCUUCUCUCGAAGUUGGAGGGCCUCAUCUCUGAAAGAUUUAAUAAAAACCUCUUGGUUGUUUUUGCUCCACGCACAGCGAGAGAAUGUCAUCGGUAACGCAGCGGCAAUCGCCGAGUGUUGCUCGGUGUUUGUGGCGUGGAUCAUGGGCGCAGCUCGUGCUGCAAACCACGCUACUCGUCCUACUCCUGACCACGCAAUACAGCACGGCUAGACCCGCUCUUAUGGACUACCUACCGACGGACGAGUUGUCUCAAAGAUCGGCAGCUGAUACCAACUUUGAGGGGAUGGAUCUGCGAAGUCUGUGCGCCCGUACGCGCUCGGUGGAGGUGCGUGUGCUUUGUAAACUCACCACGCGGGGCGAUCGUUGGUCGGAAGUCGAAGGAAGGAAGAAACUCGUUAAUAAAAGAUCUGACUCUUCGUCGUUGUCUGCGUUCCAGCGGUUACUCAGCCAACUCCGAACGGCUUCGGAGAGCCACUCAGAGGCGUUGCAGCAGCUUCAGCAACUACGAGACAUGGGCGUCAUUGACGAGAACAACCAGGUCAUCAGUAUACCCGCGGACUUGCGAGCGAAGAUGGAACAGCUGGGUUAAAACGUCACUUCAACGACUGCACGGGGAGACUACGAGCUUGACAUUUCUGUUGUUUCGUCAUCAAAAGGUUUCUUUAGGCCUACAUAGAGAAAACGCGCUUAAUGAAUGGACAGGAUCCUUUGUUUCAAAGGCCAAACAAGUGUUUUUCGAGUUGAAGGGUGCUCUGAAUGGUUUUGAAACAAGUAGCAAAAAGAUGUCUACCAUGGUAACGGUCGAUACUGCGCAUGUGUGACAUGGGUCAAAGCGCACGCGCAUAACGUGAUUGGUCCAAGUAUUCCCUCCGUCGGUAAAACCUGAAAUUACUUCACGGUAUAGAAAACGCUGGCCGUUAUCGGCCACCGUAUAUUUAACAACACUUUAAAGAUAUUUUCUUGUUAUUUAUUCUUAAUUUGUCAUUAUGACCAAGAAGACUUUAGGUAAAAGAAGUUUAUGCGAGGAUUAUUGAGGCCUAAAUAGCUGAUGACUCGCAAUGUAUGUAUAUAGUGCACUAAGUGUCGUUUCUGAGGAAACAAAAUUAAAACUUGCUCUAUAUUUUUCCGAAGCAGAAGUUAAUGUGUAUAUUUUCUUGCUUAUGUAUUGUGCUAAAGCUUCUCACCUUUUUCUGUAACCAGUCCUUUAAAUGACAAAUGGUCCGGUAAAAUACAGCAGCUUUAAUUAUUGUAGCGCUUGCUCGAUUUACACUGUGAAUGGUCGAGGUGUCGCAGCGUACAAAAAGCAUCUGUCAGUAUAAACUCCCUGAUAUCACUGUGUGAAGCAUUUGCACACGCAGUGGCAAAGUCGUGAAGUUCCUGUGACAAGAUAAAAAGAAAAACGUUGUAUUUUAAUUUUAAUAUUACUGCCUUGGCCGACUAUACCUAUCCAACGUCAGAGUCACGAAACGACUUUGUUAUUAAAUACCCGAUAUUCGGGGUAAAAUCAAGACAAAAAUGAACCACAGUAAAGACGGUUCAGCAAAUCAAGGAUUUAUCUACGUAGGUGUAAUAUGAAGGUUUUGGCCAAGAAUGCCACAAAUACAGAAGAUGCAAAUUCAAUAACGUUGUAACCAUAUUAUACCGCAACGUCACCGCGUUGUGUGCGCUUCUAUAAUGUACGACUGCUGAAGCCCCAUUUUUAAUUGAAGUGCUGUUUGUUCAAUACGACCUUGCACUAAUUUCGUCCGCCCCAUCGUGACAACAAAAAGCAAUUAACGCUAGCUAAGAUUAUCCCAA